AUGUCCCCACUCUUUCAAUUCUUGACAUAUGCAUCUGUGGUUUGGCAAGGGGAUGGUCUAGGGGUGUUGUACAGCUGCACAGAUGCUAUGGACAUUGACAAUGCAGAAGAAUUUGCUGAGAUGGCAAAAAAGAUAAUUGAGACUACACCUGACAAGGUUCAAGUUUUCAUAGACAUGAAACAUGUUCACAAACAGCUUGCACAUCACAAGUGCUCACUCCUAGUGUGGGAAAAAAGUAAGGACAUAGAUGAUGAUUCAGAUGGCUCCAACACCAGGGAUGAGCCCCCUGCCCAAUCCUCCUCACUGAGGUGGGGAGGUGCUUUCAUGCCUUCCCUAAAGGAUGGCCCCCAUGCUGGAAAAAUCCAUCCAGUACCCACUGUCCCUAUCACCUGUGGUAAGGACAGCCCCAAGGCAAUCCAAUGGAUUGUCUCUGUCUUCCACUCCUUCAAAUCUCAACUGACCCCUCUUGCCUUGGUGCCAGAGACUGGGUGGGUGCACCCUGAUUUCAUGAAGUUAUACCAAAACAACAUGCUGGUGCACCUUUGCACUCAGCAGGCCCUCCACAAGCCUCUUCCCCCCUCCAGAUCACUCUCCAAGCCCCACCCUGGCAGUGGGAUCCCCCCCCUUGGAACCUUUGGCAGAGGUGGUGGAGCUCCACAGCCAGAUAGCAGCCCUGCAGACUGA